GCCAUGACGAAAGGUCGGUUGAAGCUUCACCAGGCAGAAAAAAAUAAUACAACUGGCCAAGCAAUACCCCCUACUCUGCCAAAUAUUAUUUACAAACACACCCUAUUCAGUGCAUCUUCAGUUCCUGCUCUGACCAUUAUAGAUAACUACCUACAUCACUCGCAGUCUCAGGAAAUAGCCCACACAUCGAUUGGCGGUCGUGCCGCAUCACAAAAUGGUUGUUGAUACCACCUACUACGACGCCCUGGGGGUACCCCCCACUGCCACGGAGCUUGAGAUCAAGAAGGCAUACCGAAAGCUUGCUAUCGUCACUCACCCAGAUAAGAAUCCCGGUGAUGAAACCGCACAUGAACGCUUCCAAGCGAUCGGCGAAGCCUAUCAAGUCCUCAGUAACUCCGAUCUUCGCAAGCGUUAUGAUACCCACGGCAAAGAACAGGCUGUUCCUGACCAAGGCUUCGAGGACCCGAAUGAGUUCUUUGGUAUGAUCUUCGGUGGUGACGCAUUCUACGACCUUAUCGGCGAAAUAUCCCUUCUGCAGGACCUUACUACUCGAAUGGAAAUCACGACGGAGGAGGCCGAAGAAGAUCUCGCCGCAUCCACAGAAGAAAAACUUAAUAUCAAUGAGCAAGAAGGGAAGGCUGCAGGGGAACCUGUGAGUGGGUCUGCAGGUGAAAGUUCCGGUGCCGGGGCAGCUGGCAGCACCGCUGCUGCCGCUGCCGCUGCUGGUACCGCGCCGGCGGCUUCGUCCUCGCCCUCGCCCUCAGGUACAAGCACACCACGCCCUCGCUUAGGCCAACAGGCUCUUAUGGAUAAGUCAGACGAGGAGAUCCGUAUGCAGUCUGCUGGAGUGUCAGAGGAGGAGCGUGAACUACGGAAGAAGGAGAAGAAGAAAGGCGGGCUUACACGUGAGCAAGCGGAGAAGCUUCAAGCUUUCGAACUUGAACGACAGAAAGCUCGUGAAGAGCGAGUUGAGAUGCUGGCCACGAAACUCAUUGACAAGAUUAGUGUGUGGACAGAAACCGACAAGGGCACCGAUGUUACCCGCGCUUUUGAAGAGAAGAUUCGCCUCGAGGUGGAGAAUUUGAAGAUCCAGUCCUUCGGUAUCGAGAUCCUCCACGCUAUAGGUGCUACCUACGUUUCAAAGGCUACCUCUUUCCUGAAGUCUCAGAAGUUCCUUGGCAUUUCCGGUUUUUUCUCCCGGCUGAAGGAUAAGGGUACGCUUGCGAAGGAAGCCUGGACAACCAUCUCCACUGUGAUCGACGCCCAGUUGACAAUGGAGGAGAUGGCUAAGCUGGAAGAGAAGGGCGGGGAAACCUGGACAGACGAGAUGCGGGCAGAAUAUUCGGUGAAGGUUACCGGGAAGCUGCUCGCAGCUGCCUGGCGCGGUAGCAAGCUUGAAAUCCAAGGCGUUCUCCGCGAUGUCUGCGAUAAAGUCCUGGGCGAUAAGCGGAUCAAACUGGAGAAGCGUGUCGAGCGGGCUCAAGCUAUGAUCAUUGCCGGCAAUAUCUAUUCUAAGGCCGAGCGUGACCCAGAGGAGGAAGGAGACUACAUGGCUUUCGAGCAGCUUAUGACCGACGCCAUGGCAAAGAAGGGUAAGGAUGAGAAGAAGAAGAAGAAGAAGCACAGUCACGACCACGACGCUGAGGUAUCUUCAACCACCAGCACGAAGGCCGAGGCGUAAUUGCGCGUACCGGCUGUCUCCGGGGAGCCAUUUCCGCACUUUAUGACCCAGCUUUUCUCCUCUCGAUUAUUCCCUGUAUGCCUUUGGAUACAAUAUGCCUGAUGUAUUUCUUCUCGUAGCGAAUUAUUAUUCCUUUUACCUAGAGCGCUCUAUUCUGAUUAGACUUCCAUGGUACGCUUCCUGUAUUUAUAGACCGAAAAAGUAUAUACUAUUGUCGCAAUCCCAUUCCACUCCAGCUCCCAAACAC